CUUGUCAUGUGUCCCAGAAGACGCCAGGCCAUUCACAAAGCGCAGCGCUUCUCACGCAUGCGCAGUGGGCACCCAGCUGUCACAGCCGGAUUCCCACACUAAAGGGAGGACAGCUCCAUGGAAGUGGGAGAGGGUACCUGUCAAAUUCAGACUCUGGUCAUCCCCUGUACUAUGUCAGCAGUCUCUGAUCAUCCCCUGUACUGUCUGCAGUCUCUGGUCAUCUCCUGUACUGUGACCGCAGUCUCUGGUCAUCUCCUGUACUAUGUCCGCAGUCUCUGGUCAUCUCCUGUACUACGUCCGCAGUCUCUGGUCAUCUCCUGUACUGUGUCCGCAGUCUCUGGUCAUCUCCUUACUGUGUCCACAGUC